AUGGAAGAGUCUGAUGCAGAGGAGUAUGUGUACUCUGAGGAAGAAUCUGAGAGUGAGAGAUUGAGGGAGGAGAGGAGGACCAAGAAGAGGAAUGACCCCAUUAGUAGUGAGAGUGAGCAAGGGGAGUUUGAGAUUGGAGUGAACCUUGUUCAAGAGGAAGGAAGUGAUGAGACUGAGAGUGAAGAGGAAGGAGAAGAGGUUGAGCCACAAGAGGAGCCAAGAGGAGGAGGAAGAACUCCCAUGUACCAAGAGCAUUACAAUGCUCUCUUCUCCAUGGACUUCAUGGAGACCAAGUACCCACAUGUUGACACAAUGAAGGCCCUUGGAAUCUUUGAAGAUGUGGAGUUGGUCUCAAGAACAUGCACUUGGCCAAGCUUCUUCUCUUAUCACAUGGAAUCCUACAAGGAGCUCACUUGCGAGUUCUUAGCUUCAAUGAGGUACCAAGUGGAACUUCAAGGAAAGGAACUCCAAAGGGUUUGGGCUACAAUCGCUGAUGGAGUGUACUCUUCCUCAAGGUCCAAGGCAGCUCAAAUCAGGAGCCCAGUGUUGAGGUAUGUGCACAAGGCACUUGCCAACACCUUCUUUGCAAGGAAGGCGACCGGGACCAUCAACGAGGGGGAACUCAAGUUUCUUGACAUGGGAAUCAAGCCCAUUCUCUCACGCACAAGCGAUGGCAAGAGGAUCAGGGGAGAUAGAUCACACAGGAACUUGAUGCCUUUCCUUGACCAUCUCCUCACCUACAAGAUCACAGCCUACAACACUAGACAUCAACGAGGGAAGGCGCUAAGUGUUGGAGGGCUCAUCACACCUAUCUUGUGUGCUGCUGGAGUGAACCCAACUGACAAGAAGCCACUGAACCAGGUUGGAUGGACAUCAAGUUUUGCAAGACCAACCUUCUCAUUGAGCACAAGGAGUUGGAUGGGAGGUUCCAAUUCAAGUUCACACAUCCAUUGGUUGGACCCUCCAAGCUUCUCCUGCCCAACCCUGAGCUCACCACAGUAG